GACGAAAGUGAAGAGGACGAUGAAUUGCCUGAACUUGAGUCUGACGAGGAAGAGAGUAAGGGUACCACCGCCGUUGAGUCUGGCAUUGCGAAGACGGAUGAUGACACGACCGCAAAGGUGGAAGGCGAAGCAGCGAAGGCUGGUGACGAGGCAGCAAAGCCGGCAGAAGAAGCGGCCAACGUAGUUCAGGAGAAGGAAAAACCAGAAGAAACUAAGAAUGCCGCACAGCCUGCAGUAGCAAAUACCGCUUAA